AUGAGGGCCUGCAGGUGCGUUCAAAUGCAGGAACGGUAUAUUAAUACCUAUAUCAGCCAAUUUAUUUCUACCGGAGGUGCUGACUGGGCUGGUCAGUCUAAAGCACCUGGGGAAACUUGGAUCCAACCGCAAUCUCCCAGAGGUCCGUUGAUAAGGCCACCACCUCAACCAUCAAUGAGCUGGAAUUUAGGUCGCUAUCCUCCACAGUAUGCUGUAGACACUACACAAUACAGACCAUCUUACCCAGUCCCAGAUGUGUGUAAGAUGACCCCUCCAGCGUCCUGUCCUCUAUCAUGGAUUGGUCAAACUCCAAGAUGGUUCUUCAACACAAAUCUCUACACUUGCGUUGAAUUCAUGUAUGGAUGCGGAGAGGGACAUAAUAACUUUAUAUCAGAGAGUGAGUGUAAGAUGGUUUGCUCCGAAAAACCGGAAGUUGUGUACAAUUUACCACGUGGUAACAGAGUGCCUCCAUUUUUUCAUCCCAGGCGACCAGCUGAUCCAAACUUCUAUCCUAACCAGCCAAACCAAAUCACCAGCAUGCCUCCAGUUUACAGAGGUCCUACGUGGGAUUCCACCAAAAGCUUGUCCGGGCUAACUGGGCUGACCAAAUCUACCUUUGAUAGGUAUCUGCAGAACAAUAGACAUGUACUAGUUGAGUUCUACGCUAACUGGUGUCAAACCUGUAUUGAAUUCCAACCAAAGUUUAAACUUAUGGCAAGAAAUCUCAACUCCCUUGGUGUUGCAACUGCUCAGGUUAAUGCAGUUGAAGAAGAUGAAUUGAGAAGAAGAUUUAAUGUGCAAAGUGUUCCUACCCUGUUGUUCUGGAGUAGAGAUCUACCAGACUGCCCGAGGAAAUUCUCAAAUAAGUUUGGAUUGAACUCCUCUAGCGUCGUAUCCUGGGUUCAAAAUCAGCUUGGCGCUGCAUCUUCCCAAAUAUCCUGGAUGCUAUCACCGUCUUCAUCAUCUCAAGGGAAUACUUUCGCCAGUUCGUUGUCCUCAGUACCAGUCAAUUUUUCACCCUCAACAUUCAGACCUCAAGAGACUACAUUCACUUUCCGACCACAACCAGCUAGAUCUACUUUAAUACCUAAACCAACUACCUCAACACGUACCCCUGCUCAAACAAUAUUUACAAUUAAACCUGAAGUAGCAAAUCCAGCGAAAACGACAACUCCAACAACAUUCAAGCCACAACCGGCAAUAUCUACCUUCAGACCUCAAACAGCAAGCACAAUAGUCACCCCAAAAGCAGUUACAGUUCCUAUAGAGACUACUGAUACAACAUUUGUAGAAACUACCUUCACAGCUCAACCAGCUAGCUCAACAAUUAGGUCAAAACCAGUUACUUCUACAAAGAGACCCCAACUUGCUACCUCUACCUUGAAAGAACAGCUUGUUACAGUUACCUCAACAGCCACAGCAGAACUAGCUACAAGUUCUCCAACAGAAGCAACGACAACAAUUUAUGCAACAACUUAUGAUACAAGUGAUGUUUCAUACGCCUGGGAAAAUGAAGGCGAUUAUGUUCUUCCAACUGAUAUACCUACAGGAACCACAUUUGAGUCAGAGUGUGAUACUGUAUGUGUAAAAGCGUGGAACCCCGUGUGCGGUAGUGAUAACUUAACGUACUCUAACCUUUGCGAAUACAAUGUGGCACAGUGCAAGAACUCUGAUCUUUACAUGCUUGGAACGGGAGAGUGUUCCAACCUACAGCUUGGAACUAUCUGUAAAAGAACUGAGUUCCUAUGCCAGGAGUCCGGGAAGUGUAUAUCCUUCCUAAAAACCUGCAAUGGAAAGCUGGAUUGUGAGAAUGGAUCUGAUGAGAAGUUGUGUGAAGGAUGCUCAAAGACUGAAUUUACUUGUGGGGAUGGAACCUGUAUAGAUUACUCCAAAAGAUGUGACAAAAAAAUUGAUUGUAAAGAUUCCAGUGAUGAGUCUGGAUGUAUGAAACCAUGUUCCCUCCAGGAGUUUACAUGUAACGAUGGAUCCUGUAUAGAACAGGCUCAGAGAUGUGAUGGACAGAUUCACUGUAAAGAUAUGACAGAUGAAAUUGGUUGCGACGCUUUCAAUUUCUGUCUAAGCUCGGAGUGGAUGUGUGUUGAUAAGAGAAGAUGUAUAUCAAGUUCUAGACGCUGUGAUGGUUUUCCUGACUGUGGAGAUGUUUCAGAUGAACAAGGUUGUCCUCCACAAACCUGUAAUACCAAGUGGCUUUUCCCAUGUUCAAACAGCAGUCAAUGUAUUGAUUCGAGAAGACGGUGUGACGGAUAUACUGAUUGCCAGGAUAGGUCAGAUGAACGCGGAUGUAGAGAAUUGCAGUGUCAAGAAUGGCAAUUUAAAUGCAAACAAGAUGGCGUCUGUUUACAUGAAGCGCUCCGCUGUGACAGUGUACAGGAUUGCAGGGACGGAUCGGACGAAGACGAUUGCUUUUCAGAUCCUGCAAGCACAGUGUUCCCGUAUACCACUAUACCCCCUAGCACAAUAAACCCUCAAGGAUUAGAAACUGAAUCUGUAGACGAAUAUAUAGAUGAGGGUUCUAGUAUUUAUACAACAGAAAUAUAUUAUCAAAUUACAACAGUUGUAUAA